AUGAACUACGAGUUCGAGGAGACCGAGCUCUUCUUCUACAUCGUCGAGUCCCUGUCCUAUGAGGACGUCCUCCGCAUGGUGCGGCUUUCGAACCGCAUCCGCGCCGCCUGUAAGCAGCGCGCCCACGAGAUCGCCCAAGAGCGCGAGUGGCGCGACGACUAUGAGCACCACAACCAGCGCCAUUACCACCGCCACCGCUACUCGGUCGACUACGACGACGGCCCCGUCGUCGAGCGUGAGAUCCAGUACGAGAGCCGUCAUCCCGGGAGGUGUUACCGUCACUAG